UAAGAUUGCUUUUUAGGGUUCCGUAGCCAAAUGGCAUAAAACGGAACCCUUAUAGUUUCGCCAUGUCCGUCUGUCUGUCUGUCUGUCUGUCUGUCUGUCUGUCCGAGGCUUUGCUCCGUGGUCGUUAGUGCUAGAAAGCUGAAAUUUGGCAUGGAUAUAUAAAUCAAUAAAGCUGACAAAGUCGUACAAUAAAAUCUAAAAAUUUAAUUUUUUUUAGGGUACCUCCCCUACACGUAAAGUGGGGUGAAUUUUUUUUUUUCGCUUCAACCCUAGAGUUUGGGGUAUCGUUGGAAAGGUCUUUCAAAACUAAUAGGGGUUUUCAAGAAUCAUUUUUUGAUAAAGUCAAUAUAUUCGGAGAUAAUCGCUCCGAAAGAAAAAAAAAUGUGUCCCCCCCCUCUAACUUUUGAACCAUAGGUCCAAAAAAUAUGAAAAAAAUCGUGGAAGUAGAGCUUAACAAAGACAUUAAAUGAAAACUAUAGCGGACAUGAUCAGUUUAGCUGUUUUUGAGUUAUCGCAAAAAGUUUUCCCUUCAUAGUAAAAAGACUUACUUUAAUUAGGUACUGAUUAUGCAAAUUUGCCUAUUUGUUUAACUCGGGUGAAAGGUACCAUUUACUACACUUUAAGCUCCAGUUUAGCUUAUUGUGACGGAAGAGUAACUACGGAACCCUACACUGAGCGUAGCCCGACAUGCUCUUGGCCGGUUUUUGAAAUUACAAACGAACAGUAAAAUUUGAUAUUGUAUAACAUUGGCUACGAGCUAACAACAAGAAACUUCAAUAUAGAUCUUUAUGAAGUUACAUGUAAUUUCAGCUCGACCAUUUACGAAAAUAACUAGCAAAACGUAAUUCAGUCGAACCUCCAUAACACGAAUCGCAAGGGCAUUAUUGGGGGCUUAUAUCGGCUUAGAGAGGUUCGUAUUGGUGUUUGUUCGACUUAAAGAGGUUUCCAAUUACAGAGGUAAAAUUAAUGGAAAAUUUGUGUUAGAGAGAUAAUUAUAAAAAAAAUAUAAAGUAUUGUCUUAUUAUUUUCUUCGAGUUACAGAGGUUUGUUUCUGUUGCUUUAAUGUAAGUAUAGAGGUCAUAAAACAAUAUGUCUAUUUUCUAGACUUAUAAGGGCCAACAUCUUUUUUCGAGCUAUGGAGGUAAAAAUAGUACUGGAUUACUGCCUUCACAUUGGUAAUAGUUUAUUGCUUCAUCAUAAUCAAGUAAAAUAUUUCGAGUUAUGAAGAAUGAGCCUUAAAGUGAAAGAAAUAGCGUUUUCGCUUUAUCGAUGCUUCUACAUUCUAAAAAUUCAAGUUUUGACCCACUUAUUUAAAAAAAUAUCUUAAAGUAAUUACAUAAGAUAAAAAAAAACAUCUCACGCACAAACACUGCACAAUCGGAAUUCAUGCCAAACUCCGUGACCUUUUAUCAGAGUUCACCCGAUAAAAACAUUGUAGUUCCAUUCAUUCGUCCGCUGCCGACCAAAAUGGCCACUUAUUUGUACUUGCUGGCCAUCUUUCUGCCUCCGAUAUUAGGGCAGUGUUCGGUCGAAAAGGCCGGUCAUAGUUUCAGUCGCGCGGUUUACGAGUUUUCUCUGGAUUUAAUACAAAGAGUGGGACAGGAAAACGAUAACCAUUUCGUCACGUCACCAUUCUCGCUAUGGACUGUUCUAACAACAGCAUCUUUAGGGGCCGAAGACGAGACCCUUGCGGAAAUGAAGCGAGUACUCCGCCUUCACCAUUACCCGUGCUUCAACGACAGGUACCUAGAAAUCGUGAAAGGGAUCACAGUGUACAACUCGAAGACCACACUGGAGAGAAGUUCUGCGCUCUUCGUUGACAAGACUGUUUCGUUGCUCGAAUCUUUCCAUAGAAAACUGAGUGGAACCGGAGUAUGCGACGUCAUGAUCCUACCUUUCGACAACUACAACAACGUUGCUACAACUAUAAAUAAUUACGUGAGCCAAGCGACCCACAACACCAUCCAAGAAAUCGUGAAUUCAAAUGACAUCGAAGGAGUCUAUCUGCUUCUGCUCGACGCUGUUUACUUUAAAGGAAUGUGGAAUAUUCCCUUUGAGCCCUCAGAAACUGAAGUCACUUCUUUCUACGACGAGAGAAACAACCCUGUUGGAGAUGUAAACAUGAUGUUCUCCAUGCGGCAAUAUAAUUUAGCAUCCAUUGAUCAGCUACAAGCAAAGGUCCUAGAACUUCCCUAUGGAGAUGGAGACCGUUUUUCCAUGCUCAUAUUCCUUCCCUACCAAUCCAGUUCUGUGGCCAAAGUCACAGACCAGCUGAAGAGAGUGACUUUAAAGUCCAUAUUCUACAUUUUCCAGCGUAACGGACGCGACACAGUUCAAGUUCAGAUCCCGAGGUUCAAGAUUACUUCCCAAUUGGAUAAUCUUAAGGAACUUCUAAUGGAUAUGGGUUUGAAGUUGAUGUUUGACCACAGUGCUCAGUUCCCGCAUAUAUCUGACUACAGUUUCUACAUAUCGAAUGUGGUGCAGAAGGCUGAUGUGGAGGUGACAGAGGAAGGGACGGUGGCGGCGGCGGCGUCGGCGGCGGAGUUCGAGGCAAGACGCCUACCUGACUCCUUCCAAGCGAACAGGCCGUUCGUGUUCAUGAUUGUGGACAAGUUGAACUAUAUUCCGCUGUUCACUGGUGCGUAUUCUAAGCCGUCCGUCUUUUAAAUAAAUUGUGGGACGUA